ACGAAAUCUUCAACUUGGGCCAGUCCACGAGCUGUCUUGUUCCAAAUCCUCUCGAGGCAGCUGUAGGCCGGUCUUGUCGUCUUGCAAGAUGACGUCUAUGAUUACAAGCACCGUUUGGGUGCCGCGGGGCUUUGCGGCACCCUUUCCGACCAAGUACCAAUUUGACGAGGAGGAAUUCGAGCGCAUCGCAAACCUGGCCAAGCUCCAGCUCGACGACGCCAAGGAGGACCUCGAGGAAGCAGAGGAGGAAGAGGCAAAGCAGGGCAAGGGAUCAAAAAAGGAGCAAAAAGAGAAGCCCUCGAAAGAAGACGACGAGGCUUCAGACAUUGAGAUUGAUGACGACCUUAAGGAGUACGAUCUCGAGCACUAUGACGACGAUGAUGAGGCGGGGGACGGUCAACCAAUGGCCAUGUUUGGGAACAUUAAGUCGCUCGCCUACUACGAGUCAAACGAGGACGACCCGUACAUCACCCUGAAGGACGACGCAGAGGACGAGGAAGAGGAUCGCGAGGAUUUGCAGAUCCUCGCGACGGACAACUUGCUCCUGGCCGCCAAAGUCGAGGACGAACUGGCACACCUGGAGGUCUACGUGUAUGAGGAUUCAGCCGACAACCUCUACGUCCACCACGACAUCAUGCUUCCCGCGAUACCGCUCUGCGUCGAGUGGCUGGACAUACCCGUGAGCAAACCGGGCGUCGAGAAGGAUGCGAUUGGGAAUUUCGUCGCCGUCGGCACCUUCGACCCGGACAUUGAGAUAUGGGACUUGGACACCAUAGACUGCAUGUAUCCGAACGCCAUCCUCGGGCAAGGAGGCAACGCCGAGGAGGACAGCAAGAAGAAGAAGAAAAAGAAGAAGUCCAAGAGGGCUAACGACGAGUACCAUGUGGACGCCGUCCUGGCCCUCGCGGCAAACAGGAAACACCGGAACCUGCUCGCCUCGGCAUCGGCCGACAAGACGGUCAAACUGUGGGAUCUGCACACCACCAAGUGCGCCCAGUCGUACAGCUACCAUACCGACAAGGUCUGCGCGCUCGCCUGGCACCAGGUCGAGUCUACCGUCCUCCUGAGCGGCAGCUACGAUCGCACAGCCGCCAUUGCCGACAUGCGCGCGCCUGGCGAGCAGCCCCUCAAGGUGGGCGUGGAGAGCGACGUCGAAAACGUCCGGUGGGACCCGCACAACCCCAACUUCUUCUACGUCUCGACCGAGCGCGGCAUCAUCCACUACUUUGACGCGCGCAACGCCUCCAGGGACCCCUGCUCGAGCAAAGCAGUCUGGAAGCUGCAGGCGCACGACGAGUCCGUCUCCUCGUUCGACCUCAACCCUGUGAUCCCGGGCUUCAUGGCCACCGGGUCUACGGACAAGACGGUCAAGCUCUGGAACAUCAGCGCCGAGGGGCCCUCGCUCGUUGUCUCUCGCGACUUUGGCGUCGGCAAGGUUUUCUCGACGAGCUUUGCCCCUGACAAGGAGGUCGCCUUCAGGCUUGCUGUUGCCGGGAGCAAGGGAACCGUCUCAAUCUGGGAUACCAGCACAAACGCCGGCGUCCGGAAGGCUUUUGGCCAGAGAGUGCCGACAAAGGCUGAGGGCGAUGGCGAGGUUGAGGAUCGCCUGGUCGGUGUGGAGGACGACGAGAGCAGCAGCAGCGACGAUGAGGAGGAAGAGGGGGAAGGGGAGGAUGAGAACGAGGAUGGUGCUGCGCUGAGCCAUGACGGAGAGUCGAUGGAUGAGGAUUAGGACUGAAUCUUCCGUGUCGUUGUGAGGUGGACUCUGGUUGGUCUGGACCAGCCGAUCCAAAAUGCCGAGCUACAUACUGUGUACAUAGAUACCCAACACCCCUGGCUCCUCCGCCGAACGUUUCGUGUCCU